AUGGAGCACGAACCUGAACAAGCCGUCGGACAGCCUGCAGUAUAUUUGAGUCACAAUAUUUCUCCUGGAGCCACAACCUUUAGACCUAAGAAAUAUAGCUGCGAAGCGGCCGAGAAGUUUAAGUUGUGGAAAGAAAAAUACAACAAUUACUUCAUAAUCUCGCGCCUAGAGAAUGAGAAUCCUGCGUUGGCAAUGUUCAAGCACUCAGUUGGAGAUGAAGGCUUAAAAGUUAUCAAAACAUUUGGAUGCAACGAACACGAGAAUUCAAGCGACUGGAAAGUGGUAAUGGCAAAAGUCGAAGCCCAUUGUAUUGGAGAAGUUAACGAGACAUUCGUGCGAUAUGUGUUUAACAACUGAAACAAACUACAAGGCGAAUCAAUCGAUAGCUACAUUGCUGAGCUAAAGACAUUGGCGAAGACAUGUAAUUUUUGCAACUGUUUACGAGAUAACCUCAUACGGGAUCGUGUUGUUCUCGGGUUUAAAAAUGAACAAACAACGAAAAAGCUGCUUAGAACUUCAUCAGCACUUUGUUUUGAAAGAAAACGGAAGUGGUAGACAAGCAUGCUGGAGUUUUUAACGACGAUUUGGGAAGAUUGCCAUGAAUAGACCCAAAUCACAAACCAGUCGUACUACCAGCACAGAAAAUCCCCGUGUCAGUGAGAGACCGAUUUAAAGUCGAGCUACAACGAUUAGAGAGACUGGGAGUCAUCACACCUGUUGAAGAACCGACCGAGUGGGUGAGUCAAAUUGUCGUUGCUACGAAGAAGUCUGGUGCAUUGCGCGUAUACAUAGAUCCAAAGCCACUGAACGAAGCCCUGAAGAGAGAGCGGUAUCAAAUUCCUGUCAUAGAUGAUUUACUACCUGAUUUGUCAGAGGCUCGUGUAUUUUCCAAGGUUGACCUGGCAUCCGUAUUUUGGCAUCUAUAA